AUGCAAGAGCUUAUAUCACAAUGUCCUGAUUGUUGGGAGAUGGUUAAUCAUAAAGGCCAAAAUAUUCUUCAUGUUGCAGUGGAGAAUGAGAAAAAGAUGGUGAUUAAAUUCAUCUUAAAAAAUUAUUCACUCAGUGGCCUUAUAAAUCAGAAAGAUGUCGAUGGGAACACCCCUCUCCACCUCAUUGCUACUGGUAGAUUACUUGCAAUCGACCUCAUAGACCACCGAAAAGCAGAUAAGGUUGUCUUUAACAAAGCAAUCUGGACUCCCCUUGACAUAUCAACAUAUUCUGAAACUGCAGCUGUACAAAAGGUUCUCAUAAAAGAAGAAUUGGAAGCAGCUGGUGCUACACUAGGUUUGCGAAAUGUAAUUAGCAAAGAUAACGAGUGGCUAAGCAAAGAUAAUAAGGUUUUAGCAAACAAGAAGAAAGAACGCGCUGAAUUUAAAAAGUCGAUACCCAUUGACAUCAGGAAAGCAGGAGACACCCAUUUGAUAGUGGCUACACUCAUAGCAACUGCGACUUUUGCAGCUGGUUUCACCAUGCCAGGUGGCUACAACAGCAACGAUGGCCCAAAUCAAGGCAUGGCGAUUCUAACAAGAGAAGCAGCUUUCAAAGCUUUUGUCAUAAUAGAUUCCAUGGCCAUGAUAUUAUCCACUUGUGCUGUUUUGGUUUAUUUUGCUUCAGCUGAUUAUAGGUAUCAAACUAAACUUCUGUAUCGCUAUUCUCUUGCCGCUGGUCUUCUACAGAUUGCAGCAGGAGCAAUGGUAUUUGUUGGGGAUCGGGGGCAUACCAGGAAACACAACCAAGCAAUAACACAAGAUUUUUAA